UACAAAAACGAAGCCAAUGGAUUGUGUUGCGCAAAUGGUAAAGUGAAAUUGAUACCAUUGGAUCCACCACCAGAACCAUUGUACUCAUUGGUUUCAGGAAUAGGAACAGAUUCUAUACACUUUUUGACAAAUAUCCAACAAUAUAACAAUUGCUUUCAAAUGACUUCAUUUGGGGCAACAAAUGUAGUUCGGGAAAAUUUUAUGCCAACUUUCAAGAUACAAGGGCAAAUAUAUCACAGAGCAGGUUCACUGUUACCAGUGUCAGAUAGCGACAACAAAUUCCUGCAAAUUUAUUUUAUGGGCAAUUCACCACAAGAAAUUGAUCUGCGUUGUGCACAUAACAAUUUAGUAAAGAGGUCUAUUGUAGAACAAUUACAAACUUUAUUUCAUCAACACAAUCAAUUGAUUAUAUUGUUUAAAACUGACCUGGAUCUGAUGCCAUCCGAUAAUCACAAAAUUGUAAUCAGAGCUGAUAAAACACCUGCAGGUCAACAUACAAGACGUUUUAAUGCACCAACUAUUGAUGAAGUUGCUAUCGUUGUAGUUGGAGAAAACUUGGAAUCCCGUGAUAUUGUUUUACGUCGUCGGAAUGAUCAAUUACAACGUAUAAAGGAAACACACCGCUCAUAUGAUGCACUGCAAUAUCCCAUUAUAUUUUGGCAAGGUGAAGAUGGCUACGAUUUCUCAAUAAAAAUGAUAAAUCCCAUUGCAGGUUCUGAAACCAACAAAAAAGUCAGUUCAAUGAACUAUUAUUCAUACCGCCUAAUGAUUCGGGAAAAUGAAGAUAAUCACAUAUUGAAAUGUCGGCGAUUAUAUCACAAAUAUGUUGUUGACAUGUAUGUUAAAAUUGAAACGGAGAGAUUAACAUUCAUCAGGUUGAAUCAAACCAAACUCCGAUCUGAAGAGUAUAUUCACCUUCGAGAUGCGAUUAAUACUGAUGGAAAUGCACAGAAUGUCGGUCGGAUGACUAUUCUUCCAGCAACAUACAUCGGAAGCCCUCGGCAUAUGCACGAAUAUGCUCAAGAUGCCAUGUCGUAUGUUGUCAUUAUGGUACAGCAGAUUUGUUCAUCACAUUUACAUGCAAUCCGCAAUGGAUAGAAAUCAAUCAGGAGUUAUUCUCUGGGCAAUCACCCAUUGAUCGUCAUGAUAUUACAGCCAGAGUCUUUAGACAAAAGUUGAAAUCUUUAAUGGAUUUCAUCGUAAAACAUAAUGUGUUUGGUGAGACACGCUGCUGGAUGUAUUCUGUGGAGUGGCAGAAACGAGGAUUGCCACAUGCACACAUUUUGAUUUGGUUGGUUGAAAAUAUAAGGCCAAAUGAAGUUGAUGCAGUGAUAUCAGCUGAAAUCCCUAAUGUACAAGUAGAUCCUGGAUUGCAUGAGGUAGUUAUCAAAAACAUGAUACAUGGUCCCUGUGGAACUCUUAAUCAAAAUUCACCGUGUAUGAUGGAUGGUAAAUGUUCAAAACGAUAUCCAUGGACAUUAAUAUCGGAAACAAUUACUGGUAAUGACGGUUAUCCAUUGUAUCGUCGCAGAUCGACAGCAGACAAUGGAAAAUCAACAAUUGUCAAAUUAAAUCAACAAGAUAUUGAAAUAGAUAAUCGUUGGAUUGUUCCAUAUUCACCCAUUUUAUCAAAGACAUUCAAAGCACACAUCAACGUUGAAUCUUGCCAUUCAGUGAAAUCUAUUAAAUACAUUUGCAAAUAUGUAACCAAAGGGAGUAAUAUGGCUGAGAUUGGAAUUGGUGCAGAGAAUUCCAAUGAUGAAGUUACCCAAUACCAAAUGGGCCGCUAUGUCAGUAGUAAUGAAGCAGUUUGGCGAAUAUUUUCUUUUCCUAUUCAUGAGAGACACCCUUCUGUUGUUCACUUAGCUGUGCAUUUAGAAAAUGGACAAAGAGUGUAUUUUACAGCACAGAACGCAGUACAAAGAGCUGCUCAGCCACCAUCUACUACAUUAACCAGUUUUUUUGAGACAUGUCAAAACGAUGAUUUCGCACAAACAUUGAUAUAUUCUGAAAUGCCAAAAUAUUAUACCUGGAAUCAAUCCUCAAGGAGAUUUAUACGACGGAAACAAGGAAAACCAGUUCCAGGAUAUACAGAUGUAUAUUCCACCGAUGCGAUUGGCCGGAUUUAUUCAGUACAUCCAAGCAAUGAUGAAUGUUUUUACUUACGACUGCUAUUAGUCAAUGUACGUGGCCCAACAUCAUUCCAACAGUUACGAACUGUUGAUGGUGAAUUGUGUGUAUCCUACAGAGAAGCCUGUCAACGUUUGCAAUUGCUUGAAAAUGACGCUCAUUGGGAUCAAACUCUCAAUGAUGCUGUAAUAUCAUUACACGCUCAUCAAAUAAGAACAUUGUUUUCUAUAAUCAUAUCUACAUGCUUCCCAUCAAACCCAAUUGAUUUGUGGAUCAAGUACAAAGAUUAUAUGUGUGAUGAUAUUUUGUAUCAAAUACAGAAUAGAAUGGGAAAUCCAAAUAUACAAAUCAGUGAAGAAAUUUACAAUGAAGCAUUGAUUUCAAUUGAGGACAUGUGAAUAAAAAAUAAUUAAAUAAAACUAUAACAGUUAAAACUAU